AUGCAGUGGGCCUGUGUGCUGCUGCUGCUGGGCCUGUGGCUACAGCUCUCCCUCACCUUCAUCCCAGCUGAGGAGGAAGACCCCGCCUUCUGGAACCGCCAGGCAGCCCAGGCCCUUGAUGUAGCCAAGAAGUUGCAGCCGAUCCAGACAGCUGCCAAGAAUGUCAUCCUCUUCUUGGGGGAUGGGAUGGGGGUGCCUACGGUGACAGCCACUCGGAUCCUAAAGGGGCAGAUGAAUGGUAAGCUGGGACCUGAGACACCCCUGGCCAUGGACCAGUUCCCAUACGUGGCUCUGUCCAAGACAUACAACGUGGACAGACAGGUGCCAGACAGCGCAGGCACUGCCACUGCCUACCUGUGUGGGGUCAAGGGCAACUACAAAACCAUUGGUGUAAGUGCAGCCGCCCGCUACAACCAGUGCAACACGACACGUGGGAAUGAGGUCACGUCUGUGAUGAACCGGGCCAAGAAAGCAGGAAAGUCAGUGGGAGUGGUGACCACCUCCAGGGUGCAGCAUGCCUCCCCAGCCGGUGCUUAUGCACACACGGUGAACCGAAACUGGUACUCAGAUGCCGACCUGCCUGCCGAUGCACAGACGUAUGGCUGCCAGGACAUCGCCACACAACUGGUCAACAACAUGGAUAUUGACGUGAUCCUGGGUGGAGGCCGAAUGUACAUGUUUCCUGAGGGGACCCCGGAUCCUGAAUACCCAUACGAUGUCAAUCAGACUGGAGUCCGGAAGGACAAGCGGAAUCUGGUGCAGGAGUGGCAGGCCAAGCACCAGGGAGCCCAGUAUGUGUGGAACCGCACGGAGCUCCUUCAGGCAGCCAAUGACCCCAGUGUAACACACCUCAUGGGCCUCUUUGAGCCGGCAGACAUGAAGUAUAAUGUUCAGCAAGACCCCACCAAGGACCCGACCCUGGAGGAGAUGACGGAGGCGGCCCUGCAAGUGCUGAGCAGGAACCCCCAGGGCUUCUACCUCUUCGUGGAGGGAGGCCGCAUUGACCACGGUCACCAUGAAGGCAAAGCUUAUAUGGCACUGACUGAUACAGUCAUGUUUGACAAUGCCAUCGCCAAGGCUAACGAGCUCACUAGCGAACUGGACACGCUGAUCCUUGCCACUGCAGACCACUCCCAUGUCUUCUCUUUUGGUGGCUACACACUGCGUGGGACCUCCAUUUUCGGUCUGGCCCCCAGCAAGGCCUCAGACAACAAGUCCUACACCUCCAUCCUCUAUGGCAAUGGCCCUGGCUACGUGCUUGGUGGGGGCUUAAGGCCCGAUGUUAAUGACAGCAUAAGCGAGGACCCCUCGUACCGGCAGCAGGCGGCCGUGCCCCUGUCUAGUGAGUCCCACGGGGGCGAGGACGUGGCGGUGUUCGCGCGAGGCCCGCAGGCGCACCUGGUGCACGGCGUGCAGGAGGAGACCUUCGUGGCGCACGUCAUGGCCUUUGCGGGCUGCGUGGAGCCCUACACCGACUGCAAUCUGCCGGCCCCCUCUGGCCUCUCCGACGCCGCGCACCUGGCGGCCAGCCCGCCUUCGCUGGCGCUGCUGGCCGGGGCGAUGCUGCUGCUGCUGGCGCCCGCCUUGUACUGA